UGUUCCAAACUAGGGAUGGGCAUUAUCGAGUAAAUUUGUAGUCAAGUACAUUACAUUUCAUUAUAAUUAUCAAUGCUUUAAUUACUCAUUUGUAACUGUGAGAUUUGGUGAGAUAUUCAGAGGGAAAGUACAGUAUAAUUCAACGUUGCCUUGCCUACUAGUGCUGUCAAAUUAAAAUUCGAAAUGCGAAUAUUCGCCGAAUUUAAGAAACAUACGCACAUUUGAAUUUUGGAUGUGUGCCAAGCACUGACGAUGACUUAAGACUGAUUGCAUUCUUGCACUAAAAAAGGUAAGACACAGCAGCACAAAUACAGAUUAACAGGAAGCAGGUGUCUCGAGACACGUUUUAAAGGUUGAAGAAGUUCUUUUCGUUCCUGCAUGAGAUGCUGAAUAGACCUUUUUCACACUUCGGGUUUUGAAACGUGGAAGUAAACGUUUCCAGGGUAAACUUCGACAGCUAUGGAUGGGAGAUCACAGCAAAUGUUAUUUUCACUUACCCAUUUGCUCCAAGACCAAAAGAAAAAAUCCACUCUUACAUUUGAAUGACUUUCCAGAAGAGGAAAAGAAUAGAGAGCGGUGGAUUAAGACAUUAAAGUGGGAGAAGAUGCCAAAUUUACUGUCACUCUCUCAGCAGCUGAGAAUCCAUUAUCCCUGAAAUGUGUUUUAUUGGACUGUACUGGUCUUAACCCCGUGAGAAACCUUUUUUAUUCAGUCAGCACUCUGGAAGACAUUUCAAAGUCAAACCGAACACAAUUUUAGAGUUUUUAGGAAAAAUUGAUUUUAAAAACCUUUUAUAGAAUUCCUUACACAUUUCUCGCCAUGGGAAUAGCCAAAGAAACUGGCAUGGCGUUAAAAACAAACAAACAAACAAACAUUUGAUCGUUCGCUUAAAGACAUUUUCCAAGACCAUGUCAUGCCAUGUCAUAAUUUUUGUUUAAUUAGUCUACUGAAGGAAUCAAAUCUUCUCAAGUGCCUGUGAGGCCUUAAGGGACUCAAAGCCUCAGUAACCAUUCACUUUCAUUGUAUGGAAAUAAGAACAACACAUCUACAUUCUUCAAAAUUUUGCCUCUCGUGUUCCACGGAAGAGAGUCAUACAGGUUUGGAAUAACAUGAGAGCGCUGGCCAUGCCAUCAAGUGCGCGGGCUGGGAGUCUGAAGGACCCGGAGGUGGCGGAACUUUUUUACAAAGAAGAUCCGGAAAAACUCUUCACAGACCUGCGCGAGAUCGGCCAUGGCAGCUUUGGAGCCGUCUACUUUGCCCAUGACAUCCGCACCAAUGAGGUGGUGGCCAUCAAGAAGAUGUCUUACAGUGGCAAGCAGUCUAAUGAGAAAUGGCAGGAUAUCAUCAAAGAGGUGAAGUUCCUUCAAAAGCUGCGGCACCCCAACACAGUGGAGUAUAGAGGCUGCUACCUGCGAGAGCACACAGCAUGGCUGGUGAUGGAAUACUGUUUGGGUUCGGCCUCAGAUCUGCUGGAAGUGCACAAGAAGCCAUUACAGGAAAUGGAGAUAGCAGCAAUUACCCAUGGUGCACUGCAGGGCUUGGUAUACCUCCACUCUCACAACAUGAUUCACAGGGAUGUGAAAGCAGGUAACAUCUUGCUGACAGAGCCUGGCCAGGUUAAACUGGGAGACUUUGGUUCUGCCUCCAUUGUUGCUCCUGCUAACUCCUUUGUGGGCACACCUUACUGGAUGGCGCCAGAGGUAAUCCUCGCCAUGGAUGAAGGGCAAUACGAUGGGAAGGUUGACGUGUGGUCACUCGGCAUCACCUGCAUAGAGCUUGCGGAGAGAAAGCCUCCCUUGUUUAACAUGAAUGCAAUGAGUGCCUUAUACCACAUCGCCCAGAAUGAGAGCCCAGUCCUGCAGUCCAAUCACUGGUCGGAUUAUUUUCGUAACUUCGUAGACUCUUGUCUGCAGAAGAUUGCCCAGGACAGACCAACCUCUGAUGUGCUGCUUAAACAUCACUUCCUGUGUCGUGAGCGCCCAGUGACGGUGGUGAUGGAUCUGAUAGCACGCACUAAAGAUGCUGUGAGGGAGUUAGAUAACCUGCAAUACCGAAAGAUGAAGAAGAUACUCUUCCAGGAAACACAUAAUGGGCCUGCUACUGAGGGCACAGAGGAAGAAGAGGAUGUAGAACAUUACAUGUUGCGAACGGGAACAGUGAACAGCAUGGAGAGCUCCCAUUCGCUGCCAUCCAUGUCAAUCAGUGCCAGCUCCCAGAGUUCUUCAGUGAACAGCCUGGCUGAUGGUUCAGAUGACAGUGGAGAGAUGGCUAUGAUGCAGGAGGGCGAGCAUACAGUCACCUCCAACAGCUCUGUGCUGCACAAACCACUGAACCACGAUAACAUCUAUGAUGACCCCUACCAGCCAGAGGUGGACUCCCAGCAGCUGGGCCCCUCGGGGGGUCGCCGACGCAGAGGACGGGACCAUUUUGCCACCAUCCGCACGGCCUCUUUGGUGACCCGUCAGAUCCAGGAGCAUGAGCAGGGCUCAGCACUGAGAGAGCAGAUGUCCGGGUACAAGCGAAUGAGGAGGCAGCAUCAAAAACAACUGAUGGCUCUAGAGAACAAGCUGAAGGCCGAGAUGGAUGAACAUCAGCUCAGGCUCGACAAAGAACUGGAGACGCAGAGGAACAACUUCAGCAGCGAAGCAGACAAGCUUAGCAAGAAGCAUCAGGCCAUCCUGGAGAAAGAGACUAAGGGCACUCUUGCAGAAGAAAAGAAGUUUCAGCAGCAUAUUUUGGGCCAGCAGAAGAAGGAGUUGACCAGUCUAAUUGAGUCUCAGAAACGCCAGUAUAGACAGCGAAAAGAGCAGCUUAAAGAGGAACUGAAUGAGAACCAGUCCACACCAAAGCGAGAAAAGCAAGAGUGGCUGGUUCAACAGAAGGAGUGUCUUCUGCAGAUCCAGGCAGAGGAAGAGGCAGGUUUACUACGACGACAGAGGCAAUACUACGAGCUGCAGUGCCGUCAAUACAAGAGGAAGAUGCUGUUAGCCCGCCACAAUCUGGAGCAAGACCUACUCAGAGAGGACCUGAACAAGAAACAGACUUUAAAGGACCUGGAAUGCGCCAUGUUGCUCCGACACCAUGAAUCCACCCAGGAGCUGGAGUUUCGGCAGCUGGCCCUGGUGCAGCGCACACGUGCCGACCUGAUCAGGACACAGCACCAGACCGAACUCACCAACCAGAUGGAGUACAACAAACGGCGCGAACAAGAAUUACGGCAGAAACACGCCGUGGAAGUCCGUCAGCAGCCCAAGAGCCUGCGAGUGAGUGAUUGUGAUACUACAGAAGGGGAGGGCCCUCUUAGAGAAGGGGAGGAGACUAUUGAUAAGGAGGGGCUUGUUACUGAAAGGGUGGGGCCAGAGGAACAGCUGGAGGAUGAAGGAGAAAAUAUAGAUGGAGAUGAAAGGCAGCUGGUAGGUGCUGUUGCAGAGAGAGCAGAGGAAGAGGACAGAGAUAUUCUUGAAGGAAACAAAACUUUGAGUGAUGACACUGAAGAGACUCUUACUGACCAAUGUGAAAAGAUAGAUAGUAAAGAGAAAGUGGAGGCAACUUCAGCUUACAAUGUCAAAAAAGGAAGUGCAGAAGAACAAAAUGAGAUCUUGUUAGAAAGGGAAACUAGGUCCAGAAAUGAGGACCAGGCUGACAUAGACACAGGAAGUGAUCCGAGACUAGUAGAAGGCCAUCAAUGGGAAGUUGACGAUGAUGGCAGCGAGUCGGAGAGUGAGGAGAAUAGAGGUGUGGCUGACGGCUGUCCGUCAGAGCUAAUACUCGCCCCCUCGUUUGAGCGCCACCCUCGAGAGCGUGAUAUGGACGAACUCUCAGAGUUUUACUUCCCCGAUACUUUAGAGGAGCUGGAACCUCCGCCCAUCUACACCCCUACCUCCCCAUCCUCUUCAUCCCAGCCUUCCCUUCCUUCCAUGUUUUCCCACGCAAUUUGUAUCAUUCUUUCACUCUCAGCCGCUGUGCAGCCGUCUGUCCUCACCCUCCUUUUCCUUUCCAUUUUUCUUCUCUCUCUGCGACGUUCCCCUCCCCUUCCAUCGCUUGCUUCUAUCCUACUCUCUGGCGAGCUUGCCUUCCUCGCCCUCUUCUUUUCUUACUUGUUCCUGCGAUCCUGUUGCUCACUCUCAUUUUCCACGUACCUUUCCUUAACUUAUUGGGGCUCGGGCCUUUUCAGUCUGGGUCUGUCGUUAAGCCUGGGACUCUAUUAUGUCCCCGUAGCUCUGGUCUCAGCAUCCUUCCUUAGCUCGCCUUCCCUGUUCCUCUCCCUUUACCUGGUAGUGGUGCUGGUCGUCCGCCCGGCUAGGGUCUUCCUCGAAAACUUCCCACGCAAACUCAAUCGCCUCUGGAUGCGAGUUCUUUUCCGCCUGCCAAAGCCGCUCUUCACCUUGUGCCAGUCUCUCCUGGGUGGUCUAACUGAGCGCAACCUCUACGACAUGUUCCCCAAAGCAGGCCGCAAUUGGGGCGGGCGGCAGUCCAGAAUCCCUGUGCCUUUAAAGAGCCUUUCUGCAAAGUAUCAGGCCAAAAGCAAAUACUCUGUCCUGCUUUCGCGCUUUCUGCUUUUGGGCAGGCGGUUCGUCAGGCGACCGUUAGGCACUCUGACAGACCUGGCUAACUCUGUGGUGCUGUGUUUAGCCAAGCACAUAUUGAGAAAACUGCCACAGAAUUACCUGGAAAGGCUGCAGGUCUUCGGUUUGUUGCGCAAAGAGAAACCCAGCAAGCUGCCAAGACUCUUGCAUAGAGCUGUGAGGGAACAUAGACGUAGGAUAAGGGAGAGAAGAGAGAAGGAGAGGAGGAGAAGGGAGGAAAGAGAGAGGAUAUACAGGGAAGUGGGGAGGUGGGAAAGUGUUUUGAGAAGGACAGCUUCAGGGAGGAGUUUGAGAGGAAAGAUGGUGCCAUGGAGAUAGACGGAGAUAUAGGGAGGGAGGUGGUAGUGCAAAACUAUUGUGUAUUAUCUGCCAUUUAGGUGAGCAUGCACAUUCCAUUCAUCCAUCCCUUUUGUGUUUAUAUUUUAUUUUUCUCCAACUCCACCCCUGAUUGAUUUGAUUUGUUUUGCUUAAAUGCACUCUUUUUUUGUACCUGUUUUUACAGGGAGAUACUCAGUCCACAUUAAUGUACUGUUUUAAUUUAAAUCGCUCAUUUACGAUUAUCAGUGAAUGUGAAGCUUUAGUCGAUAAUGUGCUUUUUGUAAAAGUUUCUGAGUUGUAUUUUUUUUUUACUUUUUAGUUAUUUUAUUCUCAAAUAGCAAGAGCUAUGUUUUAUGGUGAUUGUUGAGGCCAUGUCUGUGCAAUCGUUUUAUUUUAUUUCUUUUGAUAUUGCUAAGCCAGGGCUAAUUUCAAAAUGUCUCUGUGAUAAUGACCAUAUGCACAAUGAUUAAGCCAUGAUUGCAUGUGUUUAAUACAAAAUUUACUGCACCUGCUGUGAAAGUAGAUUAUAAUAUAACGCUUGACACUACAAAUCUCCCCCAAAGAACUACAAGCCUAUUUUAACAAAAAGUGCAAUAGAAGUUCCUCAGUAAUGUCCCAGUUUUCUAUUUUAUUUUUAUUUUCAAUGACGUCUUUAGUGUAUAAAAGUUUUUAUUUUGAAAUAGAAACUAGACUGCAUAUUGUCACAAAAUCAGUGUUUGAUAUGAUUUCAAAAGCUUCAGAACAAAAAAAUAAACCCAAAAGUUCUGUUCAAAUGUGUGAAAAACAGUCCUCAGGACCAAAGGCAGGACCAAAUAAAUGGCAAAGAUCUUGGAAGCAAUCAAAUGCCCCAAAGAUAUUAUGAAAAAAAUGGCGUCCUUUCCAAAUUAAACCAACACAAGUCAUGAAACAAGCACUGAGGAUAGUUAAACUGUUAAACUCUCUUUAACAGUUCUGUAUACCACUUGAUCUGGAGUUUUUCCUCUAUUAGGUGGAUGAGCAAUCCUAAAUGCUGUUAAUCCAGCUUUUCCACUUUAGCAGUGAACUGUAUUGAAUGUUACUUUAAACAUUAAUCUCCUAAAUUAAAUUUACUCCAAAACUUGGGUGAACUAUUAUGAAUACAAUAUAUGAUAUAUGCAAUUUUAUUGAGGUUUACAUUUAUUUAUUUUAUUUUAUUUUAUUUUUUACAAAAUCGUCUCUUUUCUUGUAUUGUAUUACUAUAUUGUUGCUGUGCUUGUGUGGUACUUAGAAAUUUAUAUAAUUGAGAUAGUCAAGCCUUUUUAGCAUCCAGCAUAUCAGUUUUAUUCCAUUAAUGAGGAAAUGUAUUGGUAGACUGGUGGGCUAGGGCAUAUACACUGAUCAGACACAACAUUAAAACCACCUGCCUAAUACUGUGUAGGUCCCCCUCGUGCCGCCAAAACAGCGCCAACCCAAUAUUCUUCUCACCACAAUUGUACAUAAACGGUUAUCUGAGUGUAACGGUUCAAAUGGACAAGGAGGAGGCGGGAACCGGCCGAAGAGACAAAGUAAUAUUUAAUGAAACAAAAGACACAAACACAAAUGCACACACGGCAGCUGCGUGUGGUUCUCUCCUGAACUGCUGCAUCCAGCUGCAUUCAUCCCUCUCCUCAGCUGAUUAGCUCGAUUGGGGGCCGGGCGUGCGUAGGCCCUGCCCCGCCCUCCUCCUCGUCACACUGAGUUACCGUAGACUUUGUCAGUUCAAACCAGUCUGGCCAUUCUCUGUUGACUUUUCUCAUCAACAAGACGUUUCCAUCCGCAGAACUGCCGCUCACUAGAUGUUUUUUGUUUUUGGCACAUUCUAGAGACUGUUGUGUGUGAAAAUCCCAGGAGAUCAGUAGUUACAGAAAUACUCAAACCAGCCCAUCUGGCACCAACAAUAUAUCGAAAGUCCAAAUCACUGAGAUCACAUAUUUUCCUCCAUUCUGAUGGUUGAUGUGAACAUUAACUGAAGCUCCUGACCUGUAUUUGCAUGAUUUUAUUAACUGCACUGCUGCCAUACGAUUGGCUGAUUAGAUAAUCACAUGGAAGAUUGUUGGUGCCAGAUGGGCUGGUUUGAGUAUUUCUGUAACUGCUGAUCUCCUGGGAUUUUCACACACAACAGUCUCUAGAAUUUACUCAGAAUGGUGCCAAAAACA